GCCAAAGUUUAAGAAAGACGGAAAUGGAGUCCGUGCGCAAAGCCAACCAACGUCUGCGUAAUUAUCCUAUACUAUUGAGUAAAUGUGCUCAUUCUGCGACUGUAUAUGCGGCCUGUGUGACUCGUGAUCUGAAUAUAGAAUACAGGACCUGCGAUAAAGAAUUCAAAUUGUUUAAAGAUUGUUUGCAAAAAGCUGCUAAAGAUAUGAAAACCAAAUUGUAAUUAUAGUAAAAACACGCUGUAACCAUUCAUAUUUUGGCAAAUUAUAAGACUUGACUUCUUUUAUAAAAUAAAAUACGAAGUCGAAGCC